AUGAAGUCAGCUGCUAUAGCGGCAACGUUGUUGUCUCUGUCGGCUAUCGGCACCUCUGCCCCGUUGACAGAGGAUGAGACAUCCUCCUACACAGGUCUCUGUGUCACAGAGGCUCCGGACCACCUUCGUCCAUACGUACUGUCCAAAAACUACGGCAAAAGUGCACGGCUUGUCAAUCAGAUAACUCGACUCUCGGUAACUGGCAACUCAUCUGCAGGUUCCUUCAGCGUGCUGCAAGUGAACUCUUUCACGGCAGAUACCUUAGCCGUCCCACCACAUAUACACAAGAGGUUUUACGAGAAUUUCUACUGCACCAGGGGUCGCGUGCAAUUGUGGACGAAGUUCAACGAAUCCGACUCGGAGGAAAAUACUCGUGUCCUGACACAGGGCGACUUCGGCGGCGUCGCCCACAACACAAUCCAUACCUUUCAGAUGGUCGACCCAGACACUUCAUACACAGUUGUCAUCCAGCCUGGCGGCUUCGAAGAGCUCUUGUUGAUCCGUCAAGACGGCUCAUAUCCCUCGGAAAUUGGGUCUGCAUUCUUGCCCGCGGAGCAACCUCCAUCCGAAAAUACUCCCUCUCGUCAAGUUCUAGAGGCUUAUGAUCAUUUUGUCCUGCACGAGUUUUCCCCUCGCCGGGAUGACGUGAAUGGCAUGGCAGGCUCCGGUAAUUGGCAUAACGGACCCAACGAGCAACCCUCAGAUUCGGUCACUCCGUUCUACAUCGCCAAGAACUGGGGGCCGAAGUAUCUCAACAGCGAAGAAGGCGUUUACAAAAUCAUUACGCCCCUUGUGACGGAUACCACGAGCGCUGGCAAUCUUACUAUGGGCACCAUUACAAUGAGCCCGUUGUUACCCAACAUGACAGCCUCUGAGGUGAUGUUGACCGAGCACACCUCAUUGCAAGUGGAGGAUGGCCAACUCGUGGUUACUAUUAACGCUGCUGCCACUAAGUUCCUAUACGUUGGCAUUGGUACCGAUGGCCUUCAGACUCGAUUGAUGCAGAACAGCAUCCCCUGGGAGUACGCCGCAUAUCCACAGUAUGCGCCAUAA